AUGCUAGGUGUAUCCUGUUUCACACAAGCAAGGGAUGAGAUCCGAAGCUCCGAUCUACGUCAGCGAUCAAAAAUCAAAGAUGCCGUUCUGUACGCUAAGCAAUCAAAGAUAAGGUGGGCCAGACACCUAAUGCGUAUGAACGACAACCGAUGGACAAGAGGCGUUAGUUAUUGGAUUCCUGAGGAUGUCAAACGUACUGCAGGAAGACCACCGACCCGAUGCUCAGAGCUCUUCACAAAGAGUCUUGAAGAAGGAUAUGAUGCUCGACGAGUUCCUAGAGCGAGAAGAACACACUGGGCUACUCUUGCACGCGACAGGGGAAAAUGGAAGAGCUCGCUGGAGGAGGUCGAUUCACUCGGCGACCAACGGGACUACAGGUGA